AUGCACGGGCCGCUCACCCUACAGCAGCAGUAUGCGGCUGAGAUCCGCGAGGACCUCGAUGUAUUUGCACGCCAGCUAGAGACUCUGGAUGUUGCAGUCGAGGACCAGCGGACGGAACGAGCAAGGAGGGAGCUGAGACACAGAGUCGAAGAGCUGCAGUCUUCUCUAGCAAGAAUGAGGAGAGACAUGCGUUCCGCGGUGCUCGAAUCCAAGCGAGUCAUUGACUCUCAGCAAGUCUCCCGUCGAGAAGAGCUGUUGCGGUCGUCUGUGGUUCAAGAGAAGCAGUCUCUUGGGGAAAAAGUAGCCGAGGACGCCCUCAUGAAAGUUACAAACGAUGUCACCGAGGCCCUCCAGCGGACACUCGGGCUUAUGCAGGGCGAGCUCGAACGUUCCGUACUCUCCACCCAACUCCUCGAAUCGUCCACCGCGUCACUAAAGUCGGCGUCGUCGACGCAUGACACGCUCUCGAUGCUCAUGUCGACCUCGAAGUACCUAAUUACCGCGCUUGAGCGGGCGGACACGCUCGACCGUCUCCUCGUGCUCGCUGGUCUCGCCUUCUUCGUCCUCGUCGUCCUCUUCAUCCUCAAGCAACGCGUCGUCGACCGUGGGCUCCGCAUCGCCCUCUGGUGGACGCGUUUUAUCCCCGACUUCAGCGGCGACGAGGCGCUGCUCGCGAUGGAGAAAGGCGAGGUCGUAGACGCGGUUGUGGAGACAGCCAGCAGUGUUGUUGAGACAGUCUCGACCAUCGUCGCCACUGCAUCUUCCGUUGCAGUUUCAAUGGCGACCUCGGUGACAUCCCUGGGGAAAAGCAGCACGACGGAAGAUGUGCACGACGAGGUUCCGACCACCCUAUCUGAAGUCCUAGAGUCGGACCCCACAGUGCCAAUUACCAUGUCGCGCGACGAGUUGUAG